GUUCCUUUCGCUAGAACUUGCGCUGCAGCUUUAUUGGGCUUUAGGAUAGCACUUGCAUGAGCGGCUUCCCUAGUACUAACGUGAUGACGCCGGAACGAAUCCGAGCACUGUCGAACACUGUCGGAGGAUAGCUGUCGUGACGGUCGGUUUCUCGUAAUGCCUGGACAACUGUCCGGCGCAGUCACCGAUGGUCAGACAUCUCAUUGCAGACUCCGGACUCCCAUUAUCUUGCUGCUGCUCUCAGUGAGAAUGGUUCUGCUUGUGUUCGAAAGACUCUGUCGACAUGCGUCUCAUAUCGGUUAAACCGACAUAACACAUUGCAUGAUUGUUUUGUUCGACAAGCUUGUCCUCUGUCACUCGGCCAUCGCUCCCCAUCCGCUGACUCGAAGCGACAUGUUUGUGGGAUGCAGUGCUUUGCGACCUGUUCCAGUCAGGAUUAACAAUACACUAGUCAUCGAACUUGCUGUGCACGGGCUGUGUAAUAUUGGGCGCUAACUAUGACUUGCAAUCACGUGCAAGAACCGCUGCGACGACUGAAAUGGUCAUAAGCGCAGUGGCCACCGCUGCUUGAACGACC